AUGCUCCGCAAGUACAGUCAGGAGCUUUGGCAGGAAGUACUAACCCGUUCUGGUUUCGAAAGCGGCAAGGAGAAUAUCAUUAAUCACUACUAUUCGGAUGCCGACACAUAUAUGCUGGUGGACAGUGUCGCAGUGCUCACAAAAAUGUCACGUGAGCAAGUUUGGGAGCUUUACGGGUCAUUUCUCAUCGAAUACACCAUGGAAAUCGGAUGGGAUGAACUUAUUCGGAAUAUGAGUCCAGACUUAAAGGGUUUCCUCGACAACCUGGACUCAUUGCACUACUUCAUUGACCACGUCGUCUACAAGGCAAAUCUCCGUGGCCGUCAUUCCGUUGUGAACAGAACGCCGAUGGGACCAUCACAUUGCAUUAUUUUACUGGUCGUCCCGGACUCUAUCCAAUUGUCAGAGGUGGGCGUUCUUCGCGAGGUCGCUCGUCGCAUAUUUAACAUUGACGUCAAUCUGAGUGUGACAGGACGUACUCAACGCACUGUGCAAAUGAUGUCUGGGGAGAGAACUGAAGAGCAUGUGAUAUUCCUAAUCAAGGUUCCCCUUAUCAGUUGUUCUAAUCAAUAA